UUCAUCAUUAUGUGUAUCACAACACAUACGACACAUCAAUGGUCAUUUAGACAUAUAAUGUAUGUAUUUAUUUAUUCACAUUGUGUACUGUGUAUAGCAUAACCUUAACUAACUAUAAUUACAGAUACAGUUUCAAGGAAACAGAUGACCCAGUUAAGCAAAAUUUGUACUGGUUGAUGACUCAAAAAUACUAAAAUGGGGGUAGAGGAAGGAUAUGUGAGAAGAUACAAAAAGGGAGACGUUAUCCCUGAUGGAGCAAUCUUCUUGGACCAAGAAAGUAUUCUUAAAAUCCAGAAUAAAAAGCUUGAACAACUUUCGAAAGAAAAGCUUAAAUCAGUACUACCAAUAGUGUAUGGACCAGCUGUGCUAGCUACAGCAGCCUCUACAAGUGGCAUCUAUUUUGCUCAUCACUUCCAGAAAGUAUUAAAUCUAAGCAAAACAGGAGGACUUGGCCUAGGAUUGCUUUUCACUAGUUUGGUAAUACCAAGUGGCUCUAUAUUUGGAAUAUGCAAAAAAGGAAUUGUACCGGCUGUGAUUACAGGAAAAGUGGAUUGCACAAUUUGUUUUGAAACAAAAAUUUCACUUAUGCAAACAGGGCUUGGUGUUGUGUAUCCACUAGUAUUCACCUGGCUUUUCUCUGCUAUGACAGCUAGGGCACAGCUUACUUAUCCUGUACCACAUUUUGGAACAGGAAGUGAAAAACUGAUGCCUUUUAUUCGGGCAACGGCACCCAAGUGGAACCCAAUGUUAUUUGUUCUGAUGGGAAACAUCUCCAUAGCUAUGGCAGUUGGAAAUCAGAUGCAGUCAUGUUAUGAAAAACAUUUUAUGGAAGAAUGUGAUUCUAUGGUAGUACAGAGACGGGAACUCUUCGGUAUGAAUACACGAAAGUGACACAUUAAAAUAUGUGGUAUUACAGUGUGUUGUGUGUUAAUGAAUUCCUAUUUUCUAUUUGAAUAAAGACCAUUCCUGGUUUCACCAAAUUUA